CCGGCACGGCGGGGCAGCGGCGGCGGACGGGGCAGGGCAGGGCCGGAGCCGCGCAGCGGCGGCAGCGCCAUGGGGCUGGAGACGGAGAAAGUGGACACCCGUAUCUUUAUGGACGACGACGACAACUUCACGCGGAGCGGCGGCCCCGCGCUGUCGGACGCGGAGAAGUGCGCGGAGGACGAGCUGGACCGCGACCCUCAUGGGCUGAACUCCCACCUGCAGCUGGGGUUCGAGGAUGUGAUCGCGGAGCCCGAGCUCACCCACUCCUUCGACAAGGUCUGGAUCUGCAGCCACGCUCUGUUUGAGCUCAGCAAGUACGUGAUCUACAAGGUCCUGACUCUGGUCCUCGCCAUUCCCAUGGCCCUGGUUGUGGGGAUCGUCUUCGCGACGCUCAGCUGCCUCCACAUCUGGGUUGUGGUUCCUUUUGUGAAAACCUGUCUCAUGGUCCUGCCUUCAGUGCAAACUGUAUGGAAGAGCCUGACAGAUGUUUUUGUUGUACCAUUCUUUCAGAGCCUAGGUCGGUGCUUUGCCAUGGUGAAUAUACGCCUGGACCAAGAGUAAACAUCAGAGAUGUGACACUGCUGUAGUUGUAGCUGGUGUUAUACUUCUUUGCUAACCUAACAUACAAGCACUUACCAUUCAUUCCAAACUUCAAUUACAAUGGCUGGUUUAAGUGGGAACAUGCUGUUUUUAUUAAAACUCAUUUAUUAUCAGGGAGAUCCAUUUAAGAAUUAGUAGGCAGUUUUCAUAGCUCACUGUUUUAACAGAGUGAUCGUGGAGUGUAUUGGCAACACUUUAUUUUAAUGGUAGGUUGAUUAGUAGAUUACAGGAGAAUUCUCAUGCAGGACUAAAAACCACCACAGUGAUAAUGAUUGGUGUUAUUGCUAUAAAUAAAUGAAUGAAUAGGCUGUGAUACCUUAGACAAAACUGAUCUCUAGGGUUUCACACUGACUUUACUGCAGUUCCACCAGGGAUCAUUUUUGGCCUCGCUAUGCAGAAUGAUAAACCCAGUCCUCUGUUAUCAGCAGUUAAAGUGAACGUGACUCAUUGCAUAAACAUACAGGGAAAGGAACUGUUGUGUAAAGCUCCUAUAAUGGGGGGGAGGGGGGAAGCUCCCUAGAAGUUUUUCCCUUAAAAUAAGGUGUUAGUUAAUGAUCUGUAACAUGAGCUAAUCUGUAUAUUUUAUUUAAUGAGAGAUUAACUUUGCUGUAUAUUUUGUACCUUUGUAAAUGACAGUUGAUCAGGUUUCUAUGAAGCAUAGUUUCUCUAGUAUUUGAAUUCUAACCAACUUAUUAAGCAUCAAGAAUGAGACACUGCAAAAAUUAUUUUAGAUAACUAAAAUUUCCUUUUCUAAAUUAAGUAGAUUUUGAGUGUUGCUGUGCAAUUCUAAUAUAUUAUUUAUAUAUGAUUGUGUGUAAAAGCAAAGAUUAUAAGUGUUUUUAUACACGAUUAUGCAAAAGACUUGGAAAUAUCUGUUUAUGAGAAGUGGUUUUUAUUAAAAAUUGGGUGUAAUAAAUGCUA